CCAUGGUUGUUGCGCCUCGACUCUCAUACUUCCAGUCCAUGUUUUCUCUUCGCACAUCCACCUCUUGGCAUGGAAAGAAUGCCCGCUUGAGCCGCACUCGGACAUGCACAAUUUAUUAUCCCUUGGACGUCUCUUGCGCCGGAAGGUGCAUUUGCUGGCCUUGGCUUUGCUCGUUUCCAUCUUUGUUGGGAGCGUGUACGUCAGUCACCACCACUUUCCCAGUUUUCCGUUACACCACGUUGGAAAGGCACCCACCGUGGAACAAGAGCCCAACAACGCCUCUGCCUCGCCAUCACCAGUCUCUGUGGAAGCCCCAUCAGGCGGCAACGCCUUGACGGAGGAUGUUGUGGCAAUACAUCUGGAUCAGAUACUAGGCGAUAGACAGACGCCACUGCCGACCUUGGCAUGCCCAGCUUUCAGCGGCGAGCGAUACGCGUCACUCAAAGCAGAUGGCCCUGGCCUUCGAUACUACUUUGCGCUGGACUUGCGAAAUUCUCUCUCCAUCUUACCACAGUUACUAGGCAGUAUCGUCGAAGCCAUCAAGUUCCUCGGAUCUACGUCAUGCGCGCUUUCCAUCGUCGAGGGCAACUCCAACGAUGGAACACCAGACGUCCUCUCUGCCCUACGACCCCAGCUCGAAAUGAGAGGCAUCCGGUAUUUCCUUCAAGCCUCGUCCAUCGACCCUUCCAAUGGCGACCGCAUCCCUAAACUUGCCCAGCUUCGCAAUCUGGCUCUCGAGCCGUUGCUCCAACGCUGGAACCAAGUAAAGCCCUCAAGUGAAACGGCCAUCAUUUUUGUCAACGACGUGGUGCUCUGUCCCGACGACAUCCUAGAGCUCGUGCUCCAACGAGGGCGUCUGAAUGCGACUAUGACGUGCGCCAUGGACUGGACUUAUGUUGGCCACGAUCCAACCUUCUACGACGUCUGGGUUGCUCGCACUAUUCAAGGCGACUCCUUCUUCGACAUCCCUGCCGACGGGAAUUGGAACUCCGCAUGGAACCUUUUGUGGAACGCUGAUGAGGAUAUUCGUUCCAGGUUUUAUUCCAAUCGUCCCUUUCCCGUCUUUUCAUGUUGGAACGGCGCAGUCGUUUUUGGCGCGACCGUGGUGUUAGAACAUGGUCUUCGCUUCAGGGGUGCCAAAGCGGACAGCGGCGAGUGUACGCAAGGUGAGCCGCAACUUUUCUGCAAGGACCUGUGGUUCCGUGGCUUGGGGAAGAUAGCUGUGGUUCCCACAGUGAACCUGGAGUACUCUGUGGAGAGAGGCAGGCAGAUCAAGGCGGCCAAGGGCUUCACAGUGGCGAACGUGGCAGCAGCAGCAGGGAACGUCGACGAGGAUGACACAAUCACAUGGCGGCCGCCACCGGAUAUGGUAAAAUGCAUGCCGACAUGGGACAACCAGUUCUGGCAAUCGUGGAACGAGACCUUGGCGUAGACCGACGGGAUUUUACGCCGCCAGAGCUGUUUGCCAGAAAGAGCACGCACUUGGACCUGUGGUAGGUGCACAGGAAUCGUGAUAAAGCGAGAUGCGCCUGUUUCUAGACACCAAAACUCCUAUAGAGAAUCAUGAAAAUUUCCAUUGCC